UCCUCAUACUAAGUCACAGAGUCUCAAAUGUCAACUGUCACAAGCUGUUCUGCUCUUCUACUGAACACAUCUAAGAGCAAGAUGGAGAGUUUUGAAGAAAAUAAUGGAGAUAAGCAUAAACUAUUGGAAUUACCAGGUACAACUGAUUUGUGCACAGAGGAAGAUGACGUGAAAGCUACAAUUAAGCCUCGCUUAUCCCCACUUCCCAGAAGACGGGCAUCAUCUGUAUCUUCAGACGAUGGAGACCUGGAACCACCACCUACAGUUGCAAGAAAGGUGUCUUUUGCAGAUGCAUUUGGCUUUGAUUUAGUGUCUGUCAAAGAGUUUGAUACAUGGGAUGUACCAAUUGUAUCACCAACGUUUGAAAUAGAAAACAUCAAAGUUGAGGAAUUUUAUUUAACUUCAAGCUUCAUAUUACCUCCAAUUGGUGGCCUAAUGGAAAGACUGAAUACAAAAAAAGUGACACUAGAAUCUGUGGAUUUUAUACCAAACACAUCAGCUAUGAAGGGAAUUAUUAGAGUGCUAAAUGUGUCUUAUGAGAAACAGGUCUAUGUAAGAAUGUCUCUUGAUGACUGGCACAGCUUUUAUGACCUUCUAGCAGAAUAUAUUCCUGAUUCUUCUAAUGGGAGGACUGAUCAGUUUGGUUUCACCAUUUCAUUAGUGAGCCCCUAUCAAAAAAAUGGCGCACGGGUGGAGUUCUGUAUAUGCUACGAAACUUCAGUUGGUACAUUUUGGGAUAACAAUGAUGGAUGUAAUUAUGUGCUAACAUGCCAUAAAAAGUGUGUGGAAGAGCUUGUGGAAGUUGUUAAACCUUCAGAGGAUGUAACAGACAAGAAUAAGAAAAGCUGUCUUAAAUCAGCAGUAAGUAAAGAAGAUGAGGAUAUGGAUGAAUUUGCAGAAGAACAGACUGUGUUAACAGAACAACAUAUCCCCAGAAUAAUUUGUUCUCAUGAUGAAUUUACUGAAGGCAACCAUGAUGAGGAAAAGGAAGAUAAAAGAGAAGAAAAGAACGAGGAAGAUAGUGAUCCAGAAGUGUUUUUAAGUCAACGUCUCAUGAAAGCCAGAAUCACGUCUUCUGAAGAACAGCAAAGCAUUGAGAAUUUUGACAGGCUUAAUUUACAAACAGAGAAGGAAAACAAUGAUGAAAUGAAAUAUUAUACCAGUGAUGAUUCUGACGCACAAGACUGUUAUUCUCAGGAAUCCCAAUCAUAUGAUAACAAAGAGGAACAUCCCCCAGUGUCUGAGCCCACCCCUUCAUUGGAAGUUGAGGAUUUUCCCACCACACCAAACACCAGCCACCAUUCUGCAGAGGCAUUAUCACAAGAAUAUCCAUACAAAAUAGAAGAAACUGCAUUUCAUCAAGCUGAAUCAAUAAAGGAAACCACAAGGGACAUUUGCCUAGAAUCAUCAGCAGCUCCAACUUUUUUACAAGGUGAGAAUGUGGAAGUAACAGAGAUUUUAGAUCAUAAUGCAAAUCCAAGUUAUAGUGAAAAUCCAGUUCACAUGACAUAUCUUUCAACAGAUAAUACUGAAGAAAUGCAGUAUGAACAUAGUGAAAACAUAAAAACUGAAACGGAAAACAGACAAGAAGAUAAUGAUGUCCUCUCUGAAGGUUUUGGAAGACAAUAUCCAAUAACUUUUUCACAUUUGGAUGACUAUCAGGAUUUGUCAUGUCAAUAUGAACCUUCCAGCAGUGUUGACCUUGAAACAGGACAUGUAGAGUCAAACCAGUCAGCUUUAAGUCUUACUUCUCCUGCUGAUACUUACUCCUUUAGAGAACACAAGGUGGGGAACAUAGGUGAACAAACAAGUCAAAGCAAAAAUGUCAUUACUGGCUUUCACAAAGAUUUGAAAACCACAGAUGACAUGAGUGAACUAUUAGAUGAAAAGAAGCAUGUUACCCCUGAAGACACAGAUCUUUUUGGCUUUCAAAGUGUGCCUUUAAAGAUAUCCAAAGAAUACUAUGUUACAACACAGAAUCCUGAUUCUAGCCAUGCUGAUCAGGAAACUGAUAAAAAAAGUGUCAUGUAUAAUAGAAACGUGGUUUUAUCAGAUAAUGAUGAAUCGUAUGAUAUUGCAUAUCCCUCAUAUGAAGAUAAAGGAAUAGUUACAGAUCAAAAAGACAGAACAAUUUCUGAUGGUACAGAAACAAAAUCAGAAUCACUGCCUCCUACUAUAGCAUGCAGUACAGCUGAAAAUGUGACCCUUGGCACAUUACAUGCCUGGAAUGAAAGUCUGGGAACAUUUCCAAGUGAAGUGACACCGGGAAACAAGGUCAUCAUUGCAAAGAUUACAGAAGAAAAAGGUCAAAGUGAAACAUGUUCUCAAGGUAGAGAUGACAGAAAAAGGUCAUAUAUAGAUCUGUGUGACAGUGGUGGUAUAGUACAGCUAACAGACAUUAGUGCAAAGUCUAAAGUAAAAAGAGAAGAUGUAGAUCAUACCAGUAAACCAAUGCCUGUACCUUGUGACAGAGAAGGGAUUGAUGAUAUUGAAGGUGAAAGAGUAGAUACAAGUAAUCUGAGAACAUUUUCUGAAGAAGGUUUAGUUCAUGAAAGCACAGAAUAUAUCCCGAAAGAACUAGGUAAAUAUGAUUUUGAGAAUAAGUUAAAUGAUGCACUUGAUGAAAGUGAUAUACAUCAUGCAGAUCAAAAUCCUGUUACUCAGCCAAACAAGAGCUUUACAGAACUGAGGGAGGAAAAAGACUUACGAUUGUGGGAAGACUUCACUAAGGAAACUAAUGGUAAGAAGGCUGUAGAAUAUGUAGACCUACAGUUGAAAGUAAUUACUGAAGAAGAAGAGGAAGAAGAAGAAGAUCUGAAUGAUGAGCAAGAUAGUCCAGAGCAGAGCUUUAUGGGGCCAUCUAUUCUUAUUAGUGAGCCUGAUGAUGAAGGGGAAAGUCAGUGCACAGAUACAGAAGAACAAGAGAAACCAGAGGACACCCAUCAGUAUUAUUAUCAUCCUUUUACUGCUGAUGAAAUGCAUGCUGACCAAGAAAUUACAACAGAUACAGAGACCACAGAGCACCUGAAUAUUAGCCAUGCAAGUUCCAAGGUCUUGUGUUUUAUAAUGUUUGUGGUUUUUGCUGGUCUAAUGUAUCAUUAUGAUUUCUUGGUAUGUUUUGCCCUCUAUCUUUUUUCACUGUACUGGUUGUACUGGGAAGGAGACAGAGGAAAAACUAUUGUAAGAAAGGAGUAACAGUAGCUGCUGUAAAUGCUAACAUUAACAACAGGCAUGUAUUGCUAAGGAAUGAGUUGGCCUUGGCAGAGGUUCCUAAGAGAUUUUCAACUUUUAGAUAAGAACCAGUAUUUGAGAAAGGACCAUAAUGAAAAGGUAUUUUAGGAGUUGCAGAGUGUUUGAACACAUCAGUCAAAUUCUGAUACAAAUGUUUCAAAAGUAUUUUAAUGUUUUCAAGGAGAUCUUUGUUUAGUACAUUGAGUCUCGUUCCUGUCUUAAAUGUAAACCAACUGUAAUUCUGAAUUUCCUCUCCAGAGCACAAGAAUUUGAAUUAAAGUGUUACUAAACCCUGCAUUCACCAUGUCUGGUCUCCCACAGUACACAGAACCUGGAAAUGCAAUCGUU